AUCAUGUUUCCUCCCGCAGGACUUCCACUGUUCGGCCAACUGCUUCUCAUCUCAGACCAACUGGCCGCGCCAGCAGAUUUUCUCCUUCACGACAUGGUAUCUUCGCACCUAAGAUCACGACAACUAUCCUCGGAAGGGAUAUCACCGAAAACACACUCGUCCAAAGCCGUUGUGGUGUCGGUUUCGCAGUCGCUCGCUCGGUGGAGAGCAGUUGGGUCGAAAAUGGGCUCAAACGUGGACAGGAAUAUAGAUGAAGGGAAUUUGCUCUUUCUUGACCUCCACGAUACGCUCUUCGACCCUGAUGAACCACCCAGUCUUCGUCCUGUCUUCGACCUUAUCCGAAGUACCGUGAGCAAGAUCAGUCCAUUGUAUCCAACCCAGCCCGAGACAGACACUGUACUAGUAGUGGUAGAGGAUAUCUCCACCAUCGAAUGGUCAGGGUACUCGACGAGCGAAAUUAGCAGGUUCUGUCGUGCUCUUUCCGCGUUCUGUGCGAGGAGGAGUUCGUCCCUCGUAAUACGACAUCACCUCCUUUCUCCCGAAGAGCCGGAUGAACUCUUUCGAUCAUUGUAUCAAUUAUGCGCCUCCUACAUUGAAGUACGACCGCUAGCCAGUGGGAGAAGCGGUGCCGUUAGUGGCGAGGUAUCUCUGUAUCCUGGCCCGUCUUAUAUGCUGUCUGCCAACAUAUCGUCACAUAGCCAUCUGAUUCUUCGGGAUAAGGCCCUGCAGUACCGUCUAACCGACACCGGUGCGACAUUCUUCGAGCGGGGCACCGGAGGAGCUGUCUUAUAA